AUGGAGAGUGACGAUAAUUCUAUCCCAGAUGGAAGCGCCAUGAAACGCUGGGGCGAGGUAUUCGAAGAAGGCGGCCAACGCGCAGGAAGAACUUUUGCCAUCAUCCGAGAAGAUGUACAGAGGAAUUCAAUGGAAGAAGCAGGCUUUGUCAACAUACACGUUGUGGAUCUCAAGGCAGUGUCGCAACAGGCACCAGUUGGAAGCUGGCAUACGGAAGAACGACUCAAGCAGGUUGGACACUAUAUGCAGGCCGCUCUGGAGAGAGACUACGAAGGCUAUCUUCUGUUCCUGGCGUGCGAGCUUUUGGGAUGGACCGAAGAACAGGUCAGAGCUCUGUGCAACCAGCUCCGACGAGAGAUCCGAUCGGGUCAACAUCAUCCGUAUUUCAGACAAAGAAUUGUGUACGGUCAGAAGCCUGAGGCUUAG